AUGGCAGGUACCACGGACACAACUCAAAAUUUACCUGGAGGUGUAGCGCGUGCACCCACAACGGCGCACGUUCACGCAGUUGUUGAAGAAACACCCGCUCAAGAAAGGGUCGGAGCUACCGACGAUAAGAUCCUCGCAGCGCUUGCCGACGUCACCAGCCGCCUGGCGAGUCUCGAGUCGUCUCAGAGGGUGCGCGACGAGGAUAAGCGAAUGCUCGGAGCUGUGGAGAGAGGCAUGUUGGCAUCGAAUCUCGGCGCGAAAUUGCGCGGCCGGCCGAUGACGAUUGACGCGCUUGGAGAUGCGGAAAAGAAGCCGCCAGCGGCGCGCGCGUACCAGCGCGCAGCGGAACUCGGUGCGUCGCGCUUUGCGUCACUUGAGCCGCCGCAGCCGCAGCAUCGCGCGCCGAUGUACGCAGCUUCAUCGUAG